GGGCCGAGCGCGGCGGCCGGCGGCGCGGAGCCCGCAGAGCAUCCUGAGCCCCGGCGGGGCACUGCCGGCGCCUCGGGCCCCUCCUCUGGACCUGCCGCGUAUCUAGAAUGAACCUGGACAUGGUGAGAUUGAGAGAAAUAUUUGGAGGCCCCUGAAAUUCUCCAUUGUCCCUCCCUUCCUUUCCUGCUGUGCAGAAUAUAGAAGCUGCAGCCAUGACCACGCACGUCACCCUGGAAGAUGCCCUGUCCAACGUGGACCUGCUUGAAGAGCUGCCCCUCCCUGACCAGCAGCCAUGCAUCGAGCCUCCGCCUUCUUCCAUCAUGUAUCAGGCCAACUUUGACACAAACUUCGAGGACAGGAAUGCGUUUGUCACGGGCAUUGCAAGGUACAUUGAGCAGGCCACAGUGCACUCCAGCAUGAAUGAGAUGCUGGAGGAAGGACACGAGUAUGCUGUCAUGCUGUACACCUGGCGCAGCUGCUCCCGGGCCAUUCCCCAGGUGAAAUGCAAUGAACAGCCCAACCGAGUGGAGAUCUAUGAGAAGACAGUGGAGGUGCUGGAGCCGGAGGUCACCAAGCUCAUGAAGUUCAUGUACUUUCAGCGCAAGGCCAUUGAGCGGUUCUGCAGCGAGGUGAAGCGGCUGUGCCAUGCUGAGCGCAGGAAGGACUUUGUGUCCGAGGCCUACCUCCUGACCCUGGGCAAGUUCAUCAACAUGUUUGCCGUCCUGGAUGAGCUGAAGAAUAUGAAGUGCAGCGUCAAGAACGACCACUCUGCCUACAAGAGGGCGGCACAGUUCCUGAGGAAGAUGGCGGACCCCCAGUCUAUCCAGGAGUCACAGAACCUUUCCAUGUUCCUGGCCAACCACAACAGGAUCACCCAGUGUCUCCAUCAGCAACUGGAAGUGAUCCCAGGCUAUGAGGAGCUGCUGGCAGACAUUGUCAACAUUUGCGUAGAUUAUUACGAGAACAAGAUGUACCUGACCCCCAGCGAGAAACACAUGCUCCUCAAGGUAAUGGGCUUUGGCCUCUACCUGAUGGAUGGAAAUGUCAGUAACAUUUACAAACUGGAUGCCAAGAAAAGAAUCAAUCUUAGCAAAAUUGAUAAGUUCUUUAAGCAGCUGCAGGUGGUGCCCCUUUUCGGCGACAUGCAGAUAGAGCUGGCCAGAUACAUUAAGACCAGUGCUCACUAUGAAGAGAACAAGUCCAAGUGGACGUGCACCCAGAGCAGCAUCAGCCCCCAGUACAACAUCUGCGAGCAGAUGGUUCAGAUCCGGGAUGACCACAUCCGCUUCAUCUCUGAACUUGCGCGCUACAGCAACAGUGAGGUGGUGACGGGCUCGGGGCUGGACAGCCAGAAAUCAGAUGAGGAGUAUCGGGAGCUCUUCGACCUGGCCCUGCGGGGCCUGCAGCUUCUGUCCAAGUGGAGUGCCCACGUCAUGGAGGUGUACUCUUGGAAGCUGGUUCACCCUACAGACAAGUUCUGCAACAAGGACUGCCCUGGCACAGCGGAGGAGUAUGAGAGAGCCACACGCUACAAUUACACCAGUGAGGAGAAGUUUGCCUUCGUGGAGGUGAUCGCCAUGAUCAAAGGCCUGCAGGUGCUCAUGGGCAGGAUGGAGAGCGUCUUCAACCAGGCCAUCAGGAACACCAUCUACGCAGCCCUGCAGGACUUUGCCCAGGUGACGCUGCGUGAGCCCCUCCGGCAGGCAGUGCGGAAGAAGAAGAACGUCCUCAUCAGUGUGCUGCAGGCAAUUCGGAAGACCAUCUGUGACUGGGAGGGAGGGCGAGAGCCCCCCAAUGACCCAUGCUUGCGAGGGGAGAAGGACCCCAAAGGUGGCUUUGACAUCAAGGUGCCCCGGCGUGCUGUGGGGCCAUCCAGCACACAGCUGUACAUGGUACGGACCAUGCUCGAGUCACUCAUCGCAGACAAAAGCGGCUCCAAGAAGACCCUGAGAAGCAGCCUGGACGGCCCCAUCGUGCUGGCCAUAGAGGACUUCCACAAACAGUCCUUCUUCUUCACACACCUGCUCAACAUCAGUGAGGCCCUGCAGCAGUGUUGCGACCUCUCCCAGCUCUGGUUCCGAGAGUUCUUCCUGGAGUUAACCAUGGGCCGCCGAAUCCAGUUCCCCAUUGAGAUGUCCAUGCCCUGGAUCCUAACGGACCAUAUUCUGGAAACCAAAGAACCUUCUAUGAUGGAGUACGUCCUCUACCCUCUGGAUCUGUACAACGAUAGCGCCUACUAUGCUCUGACCAAGUUUAAAAAGCAGUUCCUGUAUGAUGAGAUCGAGGCUGAGGUGAACCUGUGUUUUGAUCAGUUUGUCUACAAGCUGGCAGACCAGAUCUUUGCUUACUAUAAAGCGAUGGCCGGCAGUGUCCUAUUGGAUAAACGUUUUAGAGCUGAAUGUAAGAAUUAUGGAGUCAUCAUUCCAUACCCACCAUCCAACCGUUAUGAAACGCUGCUGAAACAGAGGCAUGUCCAGUUAUUGGGUAGAUCAAUUGACUUGAACAGACUCAUCACCCAGCGCAUUUCUGCUGCCAUGUAUAAAUCCUUGGACCAGGCCAUCAGCCGCUUCGAGAGUGAGGACCUGACCUCCAUUGUGGAGCUGGAGUGGCUGCUGGAGAUUAACCGACUCACACACCGGCUGCUUUGUAAGCACAUGACACUGGACAGCUUUGAUGCCAUGUUCCGGGAGGCCAAUCACAACGUGUCUGCCCCCUACGGCCGGAUCACUCUGCACGUCUUCUGGGAGCUCAACUUUGACUUUCUCCCCAACUACUGCUACAAUGGGUCCACGAACCGUUUUGUCCGGACUGCCAUUCCUUUCACCCAAGAACCACAACGAGACAAACCUGCUAAUGUCCAACCUUAUUACCUCUAUGGAUCCAAGCCUCUCAACAUUGCCUACAGCCACAUCUAUAGCUCCUACAGGAAUUUCGUGGGACCACCUCACUUCAAGACCAUCUGCAGACUCCUGGGUUACCAGGGCAUCGCCGUGGUCAUGGAGGAGCUGCUGAAAAUCGUGAAGAGCUUGCUACAAGGAACCAUUCUCCAGUAUGUGAAAACACUGAUAGAGGUCAUGCCCAAGAUAUGCCGCCUGCCCCGGCACGAGUAUGGCUCCCCAGGGAUCCUGGAGUUCUUCCACCACCAGCUGAAGGACAUCAUUGAGUAUGCAGAGCUCAAAACAGACGUGUUCCAGAGCCUGAGGGAAGUGGGCAAUGCCAUCCUGUUUUGCCUCCUAAUAGAACAAGCUCUGUCUCAAGAGGAAGUCUGUGAUUUGCUCCAUGCUGCACCAUUCCAGAACAUCCUGCCUAGAGUCUACAUCAAAGAGGGAGAGCGCUUGGAGGUCCGGAUGAAGCGCCUGGAAGCCAAGUAUGCCCCGUUGCACCUGGUCCCUCUGAUAGAGCGACUGGGGACCCCCCAGCAAAUCGCCAUUGCUCGGGAGGGUGACUUGCUGACCAAGGAGCGGCUGUGCUGUGGCCUGUCCAUGUUCGAGGUCAUCCUGACCCGCAUUCGCAGCUACCUGCAGGACCCCAUCUGGAGGGGCCCACCACCCACCAACGGCGUCAUGCAUGUGGACGAGUGUGUGGAGUUCCACCGGCUGUGGAGUGCUAUGCAGUUCGUCUAUUGCAUCCCCGUGGGGACCAAUGAGUUCACCGCUGAGCAGUGCUUUGGUGAUGGCUUGAACUGGGCUGGCUGCUCCAUCAUUGUGCUCCUGGGCCAGCAGCGUCGCUUUGACCUGUUUGACUUCUGUUACCACCUGCUAAAAGUGCAGAGGCAGGAUGGGAAGGAUGAAAUCAUAAAGAAUGUGCCCCUGAAGAAGAUGGCCGACCGGAUCAGGAAGUACCAGAUCUUGAACAAUGAGGUUUUUGCCAUCCUAAACAAGUACAUGAAGUCCGUGGAGACAGACAGUUCCACAGUGGAGCAUGUGCGCUGCUUCCAACCACCCAUCCACCAGUCCUUGGCCACCACCUGCUAGGCAGAACAUCCUGGAGGAGGAGGAGCAUCAGAGAGGAAAAACCACAGCCAGCCUGCCACAGGAUCCAACCAGACAGUGUGUGGGAUGGAUCUGGAAGCAAAGAGCACCUCCCCAAACACAUCUUUACCACUCCCAAGGGUGGGGCCUGUGCAUGCUCUCCCACGACAUCUCCAUGGUGGUUUGUCCAUAGCAUAAAUGAAAAAACAAAGGAAACAGGGCAGUGUGUGUUUUUAUUUCCCCCCCUCAGCUAUAUUAAGAGCUCCUAGUUUCACCCUUUCUCUAUUGCAUAGUUCCACCCUUCUAUAGUUGCUUUCCAAGAACUCCUCCCAGGAUGGCAACAUCCUACCCAGUGCCCACAAUGCAGCCCAGGGAUGAAGGCUCAGAGAUUGAAAUAUCAGCCUGGUGGGUGGUGGGGAGCAUGCCUCAACCUACUGCACCUUCAUCACCCUUGGCUCCCCUCCAGGCACCCAGGUGGCAUCUCCUCCUGCCAUGGGUGUCAGCAGCUCCAACACAUCAGCUUCCAAAAGCCCCAUCCUAGCCCACCUCUCAGGGUAGUGUGAGAGAGAAGUCAGAAAAAUUUCCCAGCCAUAUCCCACUGAGUGGGGCUGGGGUAGAAGAAUGGUCAGGCCUGCUCUGAGGAAGCUGAAUAUGUGCACACAAUCUAGGAAUCUAAUCUAGGAAUUACAUAGCCCCAAGCAGAACAAUUUUAGACCAUCUCAGCAGCUUGAUGAUGAUGAGAUGGUUCUUUUAUUCCCUAAGCAGGUCCUAAGCACUGGGUACACAGGGUAUGCAGCAUUGGGCAAGUUAACCUUAGCACUGGGUACACAGGGUAUGCAGCAUUGGGCAAGUUAAUCAUGGCACUGCCCAGAGACCAAAUGAGGGACCACUUCUUGGCACAGAAUCUCUCCUCAAGAAAAACUCCCAUGAGAAGGGUUAUUAAGGGGUUUAUACAACAGAGGCCAAAAACAUCUUGAGGAUAGGGAAGUAAGAAAAAUAAUACUUAUCAAUGAGCUUUUAAAACCAAGAUAUAUGCCCCCAAAGGAGUCCCGUUUCAGUGAAUCAGAACUUUCACUGUCCUAGAUACUAAAAAUGCAUAAGUGUACUGGGACAUCUUACCUUUUGCUCUCAACUGCCUGUUCUCAUAAGUGGAUCUCUCCCAGGGGUAGAUCCACUUCCAUUUUCCAGACUGAACCCAAAUCCUCUGUGGAAAUCUUCCACCAAGUGUGGGAGACCACUGAGAAGGACAGAGCCUUUGAGAUAUGAACGUCUUUGUCACAGAGCACAUCAUCUUCAAAGGGAGUCUGGGGCACUGAGCUUUUAUGACCAUAUAAAGUGCAACAUUUGACAUGUCUCCUCUAGCCCAGGGAGAAAAGAAAAGAGAAAAUGGAAAGAACAAUAAUGACCCCUCCACCAGGGCAAAUGAAAGGAAAUGGUUAGCUUUAAUCAGAUGGCCCCAUGUUUAACCCCAUGGAAAGAGCAAAGGAAAGGUCCAUAGCAAGAGGUCUGUGUGAGAUGUUCAUCCUCCAGUGAGCAAAGGCGGGAAGGGAGAUCCUGAGAUUAGUACAUUUAAGUGCAGGUUUCUGGGCCCCACCUCAAAUCUUCUAAUCCUAUAUCUCUGGGAGUAGAGCCAGGAAAUGUGCAUUUUAACAAGCUCUCUGAGUUAUUCUGUUGCACAGCAAAGUUUGAGAACCACUGCUAUAAAGGAAUCAUUCUGUUUAACAUUGGGCUUUGACCUACCUCUAAGCCAUGAAAGAAAAUACAUGUAGGGAAGGAAGGUGGUUCAGAGUAGAAGCUGGCAGAACUUCCUGUCUGGAGCUACCACUUCCUAUUCUGAUUUAUUUCUUCCUCUUGAUGACCACAGAAAUGUCACAGAGACAAAAAGGGGAGGUUAUCCCACAUGGCAGAACUACAUGGUAGAACAUGCCUUCAAAACCCACAUGAACUCUCUAAGUACCAGAGGCUACCAGAUCAGUGCUGUUUGGGGAUGGUAGCUAGCUCUAUCUGAUGACUAGAGUUCAUUCCAAAUCCUUGACCAUUGCUUUAUGGAGAUUUCAAUCAUCCGUUAGAUAAGAUUGCUAUUGCAACCACUCACCCCUCCCACCCUGCAUUCAUAACCCUGUAUUUGACCAUCUGGGCAGAGUCACAUUAUCCUCAGGAGACUUGAUCCCAGUCAAUGGAGGGCCUCACCCUGAAGAGAAAGAUUUUAUUUCCCUGGCUUGCCGGCAGCACUUACAAACACCAGACAAGUUUUAAUACCCUUUUGUCCCUGGUAUUACUGCCUCCUACCUUUUGAUUUUUUGUGUGUCCAAGAACCAAGAAAAAAGAAAUCUUAGGUUUUAAGAAGUUUAAGAAUAUCUGUUUCAGAAAUCAUUAAAUGUAUCAUAUUUGUAUUAAGAGUCAUUGGGGAUUUUUGUACAAUGAAUUUACAUUUAUUUAUGGUGACAUAUUUACGCUUGUGAUCAAAUAAUGAUGUUAAAUUCUUAAAUCAUAUUUGCUAUGCUGCUGAAGAUGAUAUUUUGAUUUGUAUUUUGGGGGUACCUGUGUUGAAUUGAUAAACAUUUCCAUCUCCAUUAAAACUGCUUCCAAACUAAAAAA